AUCUUGCAAUGUGCAGUUGGCAAAAUUAAAAUGGCAGCUUAAGCUAUUAAAGUGAGCAGCUUUUAAUCAUUGGCUGCAGGAAUUUAAGGUUGGUGGAAUAGAAGGGGAGGGAUUAAAGUCUUUGAGCGGCAGAGCGACAUCUCCACUCUGAUCUCUGCACAGGGCCCUGCUGGUGCUCGUCGGGGGUAUCCCUGUUACUGCACGCUGAGCCUGAAGAGCCCGAGUCCAUGGUGCCCACGUUUCUCUCGGAGUGCGGAGUCAGGGAUGCAGCGUCGCCAUGGGUCUCAUGGAGUUUUACCUGGAGAUUGAUCCAGUCACUCUAAACCUCAUCAUCCUCAUCGCCAGCUACGUGAUCUUGCUUCUGGUCUUCCUCAUCUCUUGCAUCCUGUACGACUGCCGGGGGAAAGACCCUACCAAGGAGUACGUCUCUGAGCCCCCCGCCCCACAGCAACAGUCUCCCAUCCGGCUCGUGGUGAUGCAAAACUCCCCGGCUUCAUCGCGUUACAAUGAGCAAAACAACACGGCUUCCUCUAACAUCGCACAUCUGACCCCUGACAUCAUGCGCGAGAAGAGGAGCACGCUGGUGUAGAGUAAAUUUCUCGCGUAUCCAAACCUCUAGAAGUUAAUGAAUGCUAAAAUUUAAACCUCAUUUGAAACAGAUCCAUCUGCAUUCAUUAGUUUAUUGUGGACCAUUUCAUCAUGGAAAUUGAGUUAUUUUAUCCUCUGGACACUGGAUAGAGGCCAGUAGAAGACACAUGUGUAUGCCUAAACAGAGCUAAUCUUGUACAGUCACAAUGUUGUCUGCCAUAAAAUGACAUGAUUAUGCAGCUUUGUCAAAAGCAUAAAUGUUGCCCAUGUACUGUACAACGCUACGUAUAAAACUUAUACAUUUUGAAUGUGUCUGUACUGAAGUUUGAAUGUGUGUGUGUGUGUGUGUUUGUAAACGUAUAGGUAUAUUAUAAAGGAUACUUUUACAAUAAUUGUUUCACGGUAAAAACAAUAAAUUCAUUCAGCACUGAUGAAUCCACUUGGCUGAAUGUAAUUGUUAAUAAUAUCAUCUAGACAUUUCUUUUGAAAGCAACUUAUUUUGCAUUCAGUAUACACAUUUGGCCAUAUACUGUAUGCAUUCCCCUGGAAUCCUAUGCUGCUGAGCAGUUGAUCUACAUCAUCUAAAAUUCAUGAAGUAUAAUAAUAAUAAAAGCAUAAUAAAAAUAACAACGCUGUCAUGAACAAACAAUGAGCAACAUAUUUUUUGCAAGCAUUUAUUUACGUUUGUUAAUGUAAGUUAAUAAAAUGUUCAUGUUAGUUGACAGUGCAUUAACUUAUGUUAGAUACACUUAAAAAUAUAUUAGUAAAUAUUGGCUUAACAUUAACCAAGAUUAAUAAAUGCUGUAAAAGAUUUGCUCUUGUAAACUAAUGUAGUUAAGUAAUAUUAACAAAUGAAACCUAAUUGAAAAGUCUAUGACUAUAAAAAUAAUUGUUAUUUUCUGGAAAAAAAGGAAACAUUUUAUAUAUAAUAUUUUUUGUGUUUAUUUAAAAAAACAUAAGUGGUGAUUAAUCCUAUUUUCACUAAAAUAACAGACAUACAACUUGUGUAUUCUCUAUUGGUGAAUAAAAGA